AGCAUAGUAAAAUAAUUGGGUAAAAUGUUAAAGUAGCAUGCAAUGUACGCUAUAUUUAGGAUACAGAAAGUAAGCGAUGUUUCCUGUAUGGUGAUGCGUGAAGAUAGAAUGCCAUCGCUUCCCGGGUCCAGGCAAUCAAGUCUCUGCGUUAAAAACUUGAAUUUCUCUGAUUCGGAUAUGUUUAAAACUAAUUGCAACAAUCAAUUUCAUCGUUCUACCUCUGGCACCACUAUUUCAUCUUUUAACGACCAAAACGACAUAGAAACUAAAAAUAAUCGCAAUAGAACAAAUUCAAAAGUAAAACUAUUGGUUCGAAGUCAUGCCAUGAAAGAAUCCACAUCUCCACCGCGCAAAGCUCAGAACGAUUCGGUAUCUUCGAUACAAAAUCGACUACUGAUGGAUAAUGAAACUGCUAAUAAUGUUACUUCUACAGUCUCUACUAUAUCGAACAUCAAAAAAUCAACUCUAAAAAAAUUUGUUUAUGGCAUUAAUUUGACGUCCAACAUCAGUAACAGUAACGAAAAUAAUAAACAACAGUCAUUAAAUAAUGAGGCAAUAUGUAAUAGUAAUUUUAGUGCCAGGUGUCAGUCACCCAAAAAAAUGAAGAAUUUACGUAUUAAUCGAAUAGCCCUACAUAAUGAUUCGUCUAGUUCUUUUCAAGCACAUCAGAAGACUAUUAGAUCUCCCAUAAGUAAUAAUAAGUCUGAAUGCCAAAAAUCACACCAAAAUAAUGUAAACACUAGUUUAACAUGCAAUAAUUGUGUUAAAAAUGAUCAACUUGGCAGGCUUGAUUUACUUCAAACUUCAAAAUCACCAUCAAAAAAUCAAAAUUCACAAAAACAUAUGCAGAACAAUAAAAAAAAUGAACAAUGCAGAUCAAAUAUAUUAAGUAUUUGUAACAACCAAGAUUCAAUAGAGUGUGGCAAUGUUUCUAAUAAUCGUUCCGACUCUAGAUACAAGCUUAAGAAUCAAAAUCCAUUUAAUCAAAAUAGCUAUGAGAGUGUUUCACCAUUGCUGUCAAGAGAUAAUAGUACAGAAUUAUAUACUGAUAGUACUGGUAUAGAUUUAGAACAAUUUAUUGCAGAUACUAUUAAUCGAAAUCAAAAAGAUCGAACUGUACUUUUAAAGAUUGAGAAAGAUUUAAUAGAUUUUGUAAAAGAUAAACAAAAAAUUUCUCAUAAAUUUCCAAAUAUGUCUUCAUACAAUAGAAUGCUAGUGCAUCGAGUGGCUGCAUAUUUUGGUAUGGAACAUAAUGUAGAUCAAUCUGGAUUAAGUGUAAUUGUUACAAGAACAAAAAAUAUGCGAAUUCCUGAAACACGUUUCAAAGAACAUAUUCACAAUGAUUUACUUCUUGUUGAAGAACCACGCAGAAGUAUUUUAAAAAGGGACUCUAAUUCAUUUGAGGAUAGUUUUAACUUUAAAUUUCAUGAUAGAACAUCAGGUGAAUUUUGUCGUCGCAGUAAAAGUUUUGAAGAGCGAGAAGAAGAAUAUGAAAGAGCUCGACGAAGAAUAUUUAAAGAGAGUAGCAGUGAAAAUGACGAAGUUACAUCUUGGCCUUACUGGUCAUCUUCAGAAAGUUCUGAAACUUCCAUAAAAUAUCGCUUGUUACACCCAUCUAAUCAUUCUAUUAGGCAAGCAAGAUUAUCUAAAGGAGAAGCUCUUGAUGGCAAACACUUAUUUCACUCCAAUAUUUUGCGACCAUCUGUUUCUAAAUCUUUUAGUUUUGGAGGUUAUACUAGAGGAGUACUGUCAAAGGAUAGUAGCAUUAUGUCUACACAUAGUACUGGUAGACAUCUAAUAAAACAAGAAUCCAGUACUAGUAUGUGUUCUCGCUUAAGUCCUUCAAAUAGUGAAUAUGAAUCUCAGAUUCAAAGAAGGGAAAUGACUAUACCUACCUCCCUGUCAUCAUCACCAGUUCCUAGUAACCUGUGUAAUCAAUUACAAAUUUCUAGUCAAGAUUUAGUCAUACCAGAAUCAAACAGUCAAACAGUUAUAUGGGUAAUAAGUAGUAUGUCUAGUGUACCACCAGGUAGCAUAAUAAUAAAUCCACAAACAAAUCAACCAUACAUGAAUCAAGAUGGCUCUUUAUAUCGAUUUGACCCAAACAAUCCACCAAAGUUUUUUAUAAAGAAAGCAGAAACUCGAGAUUUGAAUGCAUCACUGAAAAUUUGUGAACCAUCUGAAUCAUACAAAACAAUUUUGAAUAAUAAAAAUGAUUAUGGCAAAAGACAAGAAUUGCAAAUAUUGAAACAUAAUUAUAAAUCCUGUUUCAAUGCAACAAAAAAAGCAACUAUGACAACGCUAACUACAACAAUGGCAACAAAUACAACACAUUUAACAAGCUCUAUAACAUCUCCAAGUUUAGCAUUUAAGUCAUUGCCUUCAUUACCACAACCAUCACUUUUGUUCUAUGAACGUCAGCAUCAGUCAAAACUACACUCUCAGUUACACUUGCACCAACAUCAAUCUCAAGGUGCAGUUCAGCAACAGCAGUCUUUAAUCAGAGCUGUUACCAUUCAAUCAUGUAAUCGUGGUCAGGCUGUUCAACCUUAUGCACCAGAUGUGCCUAAAUCUGAACCAUACAGUCAGAGUAUCUACCAACAUAAUGUAACACAACAAACUGUAAUGAUGAAUCAACAUCCAAUGUAUGGAGUACCAUCUAUAUUAAAAAAUAGACAAGAAGACAUAUUCAAUCAAAAUCACCUUUAUACGAAUUAUACAUUACCUAUACAAUAUUCAUCUAGACCACAGUCUGCGGAUAUAACUGAAUUGUCAAAUUACUUUAUGGGAAUGAAUGUUUAUGAUCAAUGUGGUGCAGGUAAUAAUCACACAUUUACACAUCCAUAUACACAAUUGACUCCAAGAAUAAAUGAAACAUUAACAAGUUUUCAACCUAUGCAAUCUAAUUUUUGGCAAACAUCUACAAAUCAAAUUCUGCCACAACAAACCAUGUAUUUCGCACCUUCCCUAGGAAAUACAAUAUUUCUAAAUAAAAAUCAGAAUGAUAGACAAGUAUCUCAACAAAGACUUACAUCGAGUUAUUCUAUUAAUUUGCAAACAAUGCCUACAAUAAGUCAAUCAAAUGGUAAAAUUAUAGAUAUAAUAAAUUAUGUGAAUAGCUGUAGAGUUCCUUAUAAAUCCAUAUCAACUGUUUCACCUAAUUCAAAUGAAUAUUUGUGUCAGCCACCAAUUCAUACGGUUCCUGCUUACUAUCCAAGACAAUCUGUAAUUCAUCCAUCUUCUGUAAUUUACAGAGUAUCCACACCACCAAAUUCAAAUCAGCUCAUUAAAGGAGUUCAUACAUUGACUCCAACUAAUAAGUCUCUAACACCUGCAUAUGAACUUUAUGGAAUUAGAAGUGGAGACCAAAUCACUCAAACAAUGUCACAUUAUCCACUGCCAAUGUAUCAAGGUGUUCAUAUCAUACAAGAUAUGAGACUGAUACAUCCUGGAGUAUCAACUAAUACUAGAUUUCAAUGUACACCUGUACAAUCAUCAUUGGUUACUCAAGGCUGCUGCCCUAUAUCUUAUAAGCCAAUAUCUUGUUUAUCAAAUACAUCUAGUAAUAAAACAUCUCCUUUCUUAGAUGGAAAAUAUUUUAGAAACAGCAAAAGUGACAAUCACUCAUCAGAAUCAACUGUAAUACAAAAUGAAAUUAGAUAAGAAUGAAAGAAGUUACAUAAAAAGAGCAUAAUAUGAAUGAAUAUGUAACAUUUUUUUUAUAUGAUGUUAAAGAGUAUAAGUACAAAUUAACCAAUAAUUGUUAUUUGGCAAACAGAAAAUUUGAUGCGUUUCAUGAAAAUGGAUGGCAAUAAAAAUAAAAUGUUUUAAAUAUAAAUUUCAGCAUCAUUGAAG